AUGCCUAACAGAAACGACUAUAUCUUCAACAAGCCCGUUGGAGGAAGGGGUGGUGAUAGCUUCGGUGACGAGCUUUGGAGUGAUACGCCAGUGAGUGAGGUUGAGGCCUGGUAUGGCCAUGCGUGGGGUGCAGAUUUCACGGUGUUGAAAGGAAUAAAAGUCCAUUGGGGCAGAAAUUCCAGCCGAAGGGUUGGCCAACCAUCCGAUGGGGAGUUGCACACAAGCUAUUCUUUCGCCCCAAAUGAAAGAGUCCGGUGGAUGACUCUGAAGGGAGCCGAUCCAGGCUCUCAGGGUCGUUGCGACUCGCUCAGUUUUGAAGCAAAUAACCCCUUCGCUGCAGGUGGCACUGGUGGCUCCCCACAUAACGAGGAUCUCGGCAAUCACGUUUUCCAUGGGUUUGUCGGGAAGGCAGCAGGAGAUAUUGACAGCCUUGGGGCAGUUUUCCAUAGACGCCGACACAAGCCUUCUGCACGGCUUGAGGACCAUGCUGAAGCACAAAGAACAAUGGAUCCACCAGCAGAAAAGUGA